AUGUAUUGCAGAGCAAAAAAAAGGAAAUUCUCACAAUUACUGGGAGAUGCCACUGAUUCUCCGGUAUGGAGCAACAACCCCAGGCAAGCAACAGUUAAGGACUGUGCUCUUGAAGUGCAAGAAUAUGACAGUGAUGGACAGAACGUGGCUUUGGACAAAUGCUGCCAGGCUCUAACGUGGCAACCGUACCAAACUUCUCAGUGGAGCAACUUACUUAACUCCGAUUAUGAAAAACUACCCGCCAUAGUUUAUCACAUUGCCACAGACAAAGGAUUUAAUUUUUCAAUAACAGAUGAUGCCUUUGUGUGCCAGAAGAAGAACCAUUUCCAGAUCACAGUUCAUAUUGGAAUCCCUGGAAAUCCAAAAUAUGUCAAAACUCUGCUGGGGUUGAAACCAAUAGAAAAGUUUUACUUGAAAGCUUUUGGAAUAAAGGUGGAAGCUCCAGGUCAAACAAUAGCUAUUGAACAGUCUCAGUCAGAUCGAAGCAAAAAAACUUUCCAUCCUGUUAAAAUUGAUCUUCCAGGGGACCAGAUAAUCAAAGUAACGCUGGGAAGGUUGCAUUUUAGUGAAACAACAGCAAAUAAUAUGCGAAAAAAAGGAAAACCUAAUCCUGACCAAAGAUACUUCAUGCUGGUGGUUGGACUGUAUGCGCUCUCUCAGGACCAAUUCUACUUACUGUCUGCACACAUUUCUGAAAGGAUCAUUGUGAGGGCAUCUAACCCAGGGCAGUUUGAGAAUGACAGUGAUGUGCUGUGGCAACGAGGACAUGUUCCAGACACAACGGUGUAUCAUGGUCGAGUAGGAAUUAACACAGAUGCACCAGACGAAGCUCUGGUUGUCUGUGGAAAUGCAAAAGUUAUGGGUAGGGUCAUGCAUCCAUCUGACAGCCGAGCCAAACAGAAUAUCCGAGAGGUUGAUACAAACGAGCAGCUGAGAAGAAUAGCACAAAUUAAGCUGGUGGAAUAUGACUAUAAGCCUGAAUUUGCCUCUGUUAUGGGAAUAAAAAACACCCGUGAAACAGGAAUUAUAGCUCAGGAAGUGAAGGAGCUUUUACCUCAAGCCGUUACAGAAGUUGGAGAUGUUGCUUGCGAUGAUGGAGAAAAAAUAGAAAACUUCCUCAUGGUUGAUAAGGAUCAGAUCUUCAUGGAGAACGUCGGCGCAGUAAAGCAGUUGUGUAAGCUGACCAACAACCUGGAAGUCAGAAUAGAAGAACUGGAACAGUGGAAUAGAAAACUGGCCACGCUGAAACGAUUAAGCAGUUUAAAGUCAACACUCAGUGAAAAGAGUACAGUCAGUAGGUAUAGUCGAGCUACUAGUCUAUUGACAUCAAGAAAGUCAGUCCCGCUAAAAUCCAGCAAGGUUUGUUUCUCAAAAAGAGAGUCUUGCUCCAGGAAGAUUUUCCAAAUAACUAUAAUAGCUUUAAUUGCUGUUAUGACACUAUGCGCUUUGACGAUAUCAACUCUUUAUUUACUUAGCAUUCAUCAAAGACUUCUGGAAAAACAGCCCAAUUCCAGCAGUACUUCAAGUCCUGUUGCACUUUUUCCUUCUACUACUAUAGCAGCUUUGCAGGAGAAAAGUACAACUUCUCAGAGCACUCAACCUGAUGGGGUCACUGAGAUCCCAUCAGUGAAUUUCUGUGACCUUUUGCCAUGUGACAACAUCUACUGUUGUCCAAUUCAUCGGUUUGAAAGUGAAUCUCUAAGUUAUGAGCAAACCAACAUGGUAGAGCAAGGGAUUGAUACAACAGUCAGUUCCAUACAGAUUUUGGAAACUCAGCAAAUCAUUGACAGUCGCUAUUGUAGUAAAAAGCUACAGUGCAGGUUUGGAAAUUACAGCUAUGUUAUUCCCAUUGACAAACACACACCCACGAAUGUAGAAAUCUCACUGGAAAUCAACACCACAGAAGCAUUAAUUGUAUACAUGUGCAAAUUCACGUUUGGAAAUUAUUGUCCCUAUCAUAUUUUAAGCAAAAGCAGUGGGUCUAUUUUCCAAGAAACGACACAGGGCUAUCAGCAUAUUUGGAGCCUGCCCGUAACUAGGUUGUACGACAGCGGAUACUAUUUCCGUGUGGCUGCACCGGAUCUUGCAGACUGCUCAACAGAUCGCCAUUAUGCUGGAGUGUUUUUUACUGAUUACUACUUCUAUUUUUACCGACGCUGUGAAUAA